CCCUAAACAGAUCGGUCGUCUUCGGCCAAGAAUUACUUGCAAGCAAGAAUGCGACGCGACGGUGUGUAGUGUGUCGCGAGUACACGGCCCGUUUCCGAAAGCACUUUCGGGGUCGCUCGGCACUCUCCGCUCCCCACAGCUGACUGGUCGAACGUGCGAGCGAGCGAGGUGAUACACGCGCCGUUAACGUCAGACAAGGAUCGCGUACCGCGCAACUCGACGGCCGCCAUUUAGUAUCCAGUCCUCCGCUUCAACGUAGUGACAGCUAGCGUAUUUUACGAAUCAAACGCAAAGAAAAUUCGUUUAUUCAAUGAGUUAUAUUCAAUUUAAAAUUGUUUGUGCACUAUGUUGAACGUGUGAAUCGUGAAUGUGCAAUGGAGUUUCAUUUAAAAAGGUGAAGUUUCGUAACGUACGAGUGAGAAUGAGUGUCUUCGGCGCGUCUGUUGUCGAUGUAAAAUAACGUGGAUUAUGCAAGUUGGUGUAAAAUGUGGACGUGUGUUAGUAAAUAAGACUAUGAGGGUUGUAAUAUAAUGCGGUGGCUGCAGGCAGUAUUGUCAGUAGCAGCUAGUUGCGCGGCUGUGGGGGUGGCGGUCUGUCCUGACACUUGCACGUGCGACGAUGAACACCUGACCUGCUCCAAUACGUCCGUCCAGGACAACAAGCUAACUAAGACGACGCUCGCCAAAUACGGAAACCUCUUAGAUACAAUAAUCUGGACAAACUCUAAUAUUAACUACCUCGAAAUUGAUUUGUUCAAAACAUUUCCAAGACUAUCGUACAUCGAUUUGAGCGGAAACGUUAUCAAGAGGACUGGAAACGGCCUGUUCGCGCAGUUCGGUCGACUGAUUUACUUGAACAUUUCCAGGAACGAACUAGAGGAUAUACCGAGGUCCACGUUCGCCGAUUUAGAAAAUCUAGAAGUCCUAGAUCUGUCCCAUAACCGGCUCAGAUUCAUACCGUUUCAAGUUUUCGAACCCAUGCCCAAACUUCAGUACCUGGAUUUAUCGUAUAAUAAAUUAGCAACAUUUUUAGAUUACUAUUUCAAUCCAAACAAACACUUAAAAACGCUGUUCCUAAACGAUAAUAGCCUAGUCAAAAUAACAUCUAACGCUCUAGUCAACUUGAAGGAGUUGGAAACAUUGGAUUUAUCAAAUAACAAAUUAGACUACAUACCGAAAUCAUUUUUCGACAAUUUUGAAUUGCUGAGGGAACUUAACUUAAGCUACAAUCCUUUUCAAAACAUAUCACAAGACGCUUUCAAGAACCUCAAGAAACUGCUGUGGUUGAACAUGAGCGGCAACAGACUACGGCUGCUUCCUCCGGUGCUCUUCCAGUAUAACGAAAACCUUCAAUCUCUCUACCUCGAUCACACUGAACUAACAGUUAUACAAAAUACUAAUUUCAAAAAUUUAAAUAAUCUCAAGAGACUUUACAUUAGGAAUAAUUCGUAUUUACGUGAAAUAGAAACGUACGUAUUCCAAGAUACUCUCAAUUUAACGCAUUUAAAUAUUAGUUCGAACGCAUUAACGUUCCUACCGUUGUCUUUGAGCAUGCUGGACCAGCUCCGGGAGUUGUGGAUAGGAGGGAACCCGUGGGCUUGCGACUGCCGAAUGGCGUGGUUCGUAGACUGGGCCGAACCGAGACUGAGCAGAGGAAUCAUAAAGUCUGAACUGAGCUGCGGCCAGUCUUACCCGGGCGAGAUGUUGCCGAUACUGCGCCACACGAACUGCAAGCCGCCUCGACUGAUCUCAAGCAGUCCGCUGACGCUGUAUCGACUGCAGUCGGACGCGCUAUUAGAAUGCGAAUUCGUCGGUAAUCCGACGCCUUCGAUAACAUGGAUCACGCCAACCAGGACCGUGUUCCACUGGAACCCAGACCCGAUCACGCCAGACAUAUUCCACAAGCACGGCGUCGCCCACGAUCAGUAUUAUAACGCGAUAGACAAUUCGAAAUCGAGAGUGAGAGUUCUUGAAGACGGUUCGCUAUUUAUCGGGAAUAUACACAGGGAAGACUGUGGAAGUUACUUGUGUGUCGGAACCAAUCCUUCGGCGAACGUUUCCGCCGAAGUAGUCUUGAAUAUAGAUCCUAUGACCAUGUACGAAAUCAAAAUAUACAGUUUGAUGUGGGGAGCGAUAUGCGCUGCCGGUUUCCUGGGAUUAACGCUAUUGGCCCAGGCGUUGCGAUACAUAUUUUUCAGGUUCCGAUUGAUGGAGACGUGUUGCAGUUGUUGCGGGUGCGUACGCCGCGACGCGCCGCGCUCGCGACAAAUCUACAGUAUGUUGGACAACAUAGAACAAUAUAAGAGACAACAACUAGAAAAAUUAAGAGAAAACUAUGCCGUUCAGGUACAUCGAAUAAAAGAAAAUUGUACACAACAGAUGGAAUGGAUACAGAACAGUUACUCGAGUCAAGCAAGUCAUCUCCGCAACAUUAGAGACAUUGGAACGAAUCAUUUAACCGCCAUGAGGGACCAGUAUUACGAUCAGGUGAAGCGCGUGAGAGAAUACUCGACCAGUCAACUGAACUGGGUGCGAGAGAAUUACGUAUUCCAAAGAAACAAAAUAAGGAAGUUCAGCGCGCAUCAGAUCCUCCGCAUCCGCGAGUCUUACAAGUACCAGCAGCAAACCCUGAACAAGGUCCUCGAGAACCUGCCGAGCUUGUACUUCGAGAACUGCCGCAGCGGCUCGUGCGGCCGCAGCGACUCCAUGGCGUUCGACCCCGACGUCGAGGUCAUCGACAUGUACCUCAAGACCAAGAUAGAGAAGCUGUCCAAUCUCGCCAGCCCCAUAGCGGACGACGAGAGCAAGAUAUCCGUGUACUACACGCCGACGGAGCGGUCCGUCAACUCGCGGCGCAGCUCGCCCGUGCCGCUGCCCGAGGGUAUCCACAUCAACAUGAUUGAGUGCGAGCCCGAGCUGUGCCUGGAGCUGCCGUCCACGUCGCGGGGGGGCGGGGUGCGGGCGGGCGCGGUGCGGGCGGAGGCGGCGCGGGGGGGUGCGGUGCGGGCGGAGGCGGUGCGGGGGGGCGCGGCGCGGGCGGGGGCGGGCAAGCCGGCGAGCGAGCCGCUGCUGGGCGGGUGGCGCGGCGGGUCGCUGGGCGGCAGCGCGAGCUCGCCGGAGCUGCGUGCGGCGCGCGUGCUGCUGGCGGUGGAGCUGUGCGACGACACGCGCUUGUAGUGCAGGCUGCGGACGCGCGUCUACAAGCUGUACGCGUUGUCGGGCCGGGCGCCGCUCCUGUGAUAUCCUAGACUAGACGUUGAGUGCGUUCGAACGACGGUAUCGUGCCGUGGGUAUUAGUGCUGUAAAUAACUGUGAACUUCGUUUCGUUAGUUUUCCAUUUUGAUGUAUUUUAGGAUGAAUUCUAGAGCGUUACGCGUUUUAUAUUUGUUCAACUUGAAUCGUAAGUAAGGAAAUUGUUACAGUUUGUCUCGAUUAGUGCGAGCCCGGUUGUGAG